UUCCCUGACUUUUUCCUAGGUUUCAUAACAUGGAAUGACCAACAAAUCUUACAGGCUGAUUGUUAGCAACUUCUUAAUUAUGAAUUAAUAUGUUGGAAAUGAUAGUGGUGAUGUAUUGAACAUUUACAAUUGCCACUGUUGCCAGCAGCAAAGAACUGCUUGCCUCAUCUUAACACAAAAUGGCUGGAUUAUCUGUGAAACAAGAACCUAUGGACAUUGACCGACCAGGACCAUCCAAUAACUCAGAAGUUAUAGAAACAAGGAUCUUGGAACUGUGCACUGAAUUCCCCAAGGGAGUUCCGGACAAGGUUCUACAAAAUGACAUGCCCCUUCUUGAUGCCAAGGAACGUGUGAAUGCCAUCAACAGGCUUCUUGCUAAAGGAAAGAUAGACCUGUUUAAGCAGGGCACUGAACUGGUGUACAGGCAAAAAGCAGCCACAGUACUCAAAGGAGGAGAGAACGAGGAGAAAAUUGUCUAUCAAUUGAUUUCAGAGGCAGGAAACAAAGGAAUAUGGAUUCGAGACAUUCGACUGAAGUCCAACCUUGCCCUUACACAUGUGAACAAGGUUCUGAAGGCUCUUGAAGGACGAAAGCUCAUCAAAGCUGUGAAGUCUGUUUCGGCAUCCAAAAAGAAAGUGUACAUGCUGCAAGACACAGUUCCUGACCGUUCCCUUACUGGAGGAGCUUGGUAUUCAGAACAGGACUUUGAAGCUGAAUUUGUGGCAGUGCUGAUGCAGCAGUGUUAUCGAUACCUCCAGGAAAAAGCUGUUGCUGCCAAGAAAGUUCAAGGUGGACCACUUGCCAUUCGAAAUGCUUCAUUUGUAUCAUCUGCUGCUGUCUGCACAUUUAUUUCGGAAUUGGGAAUAAGCAAGGUGGCCUUAUCUUUGGAUGAUAUUGAGACGAUUUUGAAUACCCUCAUAUUUGAUGGAAAAGUGGAGAAGUCCAUAGCUGUAUCAGGUGAAAGUGGAGCAGGAACAGACACAAAGCUCUUCCGUGCUGUUGAAUCUCCACUCACAGCACCUGGUCUUGUGCGGAUGCCUUGUGGCAUCUGCCCUAUAUCGAAAAAUUGCAGUGAUAUUGGAGCUGUUACUCCCAAGAAAUGCCAAUAUCUCAAAGAUUGGCUGAACCCC